UGCUUUUCCGAAAAAUCUUUAACAUAGCGUGGUGUUUCUUGAUAGAUCGUCAGUCUGUUUAGUCGAACCGCAGCAUUCGCUCCAACUACGUCAGCUGCUCGGACAACUAGUAGAGAGUUUAAUUUGUUUCUUUUCCCGAAGUUUUUUUAAUCCCAAACCAUAACCAUGUCCGACGAUGAGGAGUACACCAGUUCCGAAGAGGAGGAGGAGGUUGUCGAAGAGGUCGAGGAAGUUCACCAGUAAAAAACCACCUCAAACACCAGCCGAAGGUGAGGGUGAUCCAGAGUUCAUCAAACGUCAGGAUCAAAAGCGCUCUGACCUCGAUGAUCAGUUGAAAGAAUACAUCAACGAAUGGCGCAAACAAAGAGCCAAGGAAGAGGAUGAGUUGAAAAAACUCAAGGAGAAGCAAGCUAAGCGCAAGGUCACCCGUGCUGAAGAAGAACAAAAGAUGGCUCAACGCAAGAAGGAGGAGGAAGAACGCCGCGUUCGCGAAGUUGAAGAAAAGAAACAACGCGAAAUCGAAGAGAAGCGUCAACGUCUCGAAGAGGCCGAAAAGAAACGUCAAGCCAUGCUCCAAGCCAUGAAGGACAAGGACAAGAAGGGCCCCAACUUCACCAUCGCCAAGAAGGAUCAAGGCGUGUUGGGUCUCUCCUCCGCCGCCAUGGAACGUAACAAGACUAAGGAACAACUCGAAGAAGAAAAGAAGAUCUCUUUGUCGUUCCGUAUUAAGCCCCUUGCCAUUGAAGGUUUGGGAGAAUCCGCCUUGCGCGAUAAGGCCCAAGAAUUGUGGGAACUUAUUGUCAAAUUGGAAACUGAAAAGUAUGACUUGGAAGAAAGGCAGAAACGUCAGGAUUACGAUUUGAAAGAAUUGAAGGAAAGACAGAAACAACAGCUCAGGCACAAAGCCUUGAAGAAGGGUCUUGACCCCGAAGCUUUGACUGGCAAAUACCCGCCCAAGAUUCAAGUCGCCUCCAAAUACGAAAGACGUGUAGAUACCCGCUCUUACGACGACAAGAAGAAACUCUUCGAAGGUGGCUGGGAAGAAAUCGGCAAAGAGGUCAAUGAAAAGAUCUGGAACGAAAAGAAGGAUCAAUACUCCGGCCGCCAAAAAUCCAAAUUGCCCAAGUGGUUCGGCGAAAGACCCGGCAAAAAGGCUGGUGAACCCGAAACACCCGAGGGUGAAGAAGAUGCCAAGGCUGACGAUGAUGUCGUCGAGGAUGAAGAUGAAGUCGAAGAGGAGGUCGUCGAAGAAGAGGAGGAAGAAGGCGAGGAAGAAGAAGAAGAGGAGGAGGAAGAAGAAGAGGAAGAAGAAGAAGAGGAGGAAGAAGAAGAAGAGGAAGAAGAAGAAGAGGAGGAAGAAGAAGAGGAAGAAUAAAUUAAUUUAACUACAUUUAAUAAAAUUAAAAAAAAAAAAACAACAAAAAAAACAAUAUAGUUAUUAUUAGCUUAUUCUUACCACUACUACAAAACCAAACCAAAAAAAAGGAAAAAUUUAUUAUUAUUUUCAAAAAAUAUUAAGAAAGGAUUUUACACAUUUCUCCAAAUAAAAUAUGAAAACAAAAUUUGUAUGAAAAAUAAACAAAAAAAUAACCAAACAACAGCAACUUAUUUUCAUCAUGAAACGUUUUCCAUAAAUAUGUAAGGCUUUAUCUAACGCUCUCUCUCUCUUUCUCUCUUUUUAAAAUCCAAAAAAAAAAAACAAAAAAAAAGGAAACUAAAAACAUCUGCCUACUAUAUAUUUUACAUUAUUAAACUCUCUCGUGUUAUUUGAAAAGAAUAUAUAAAUGUAAACUAUUUUUAAUUUUUAAUAAAAUUUUUACUACAAACACCUACAAAAGAAAAAAAAAAAAAAAAACAAAAAAAAAAGAGAUCUUAAAUCUUAAAAAAAUUCUUACAAAUAACGGACAAAUUUAUAAGAAAAACACAAGGCGACAUUGUUAGAAACAGGUGAUAAAUAGCCACUACUAUACACACACUUAUUAGAAAGCUUUAUUUAUAGUUUCUAUUUCCUACACACACACACAUUGAUUGCCACACACCUUGACAACCUUUUAGAUAGCUUUAUUUAUAGUUUCUGUUCCCCACACAUACAUAGAUCCUCACAAACCUAGACAACCUAUUAGAGAGCUUUAUUUAUAGAUUCUGUUUCCGCAAUACACAUUUAUUUCCUUUUCCGUUUUAGAAGACAUUUUUUUUCUUACAUAAAUUUUAAAUAAAUAUAACUUAAAAAAAACCUUUAAAACUCAUUAUUAUGAAGUAAUUUAGCCAACAAAACAACAAACAAAUUUAAAAAGAAAAUGCUAAUAACAUUAUUAACCAUUAUAAUACAAACAGCAAAAAAAAAGGACACACAUUUAAACUCGAAAAUAAAAACAAAACACUUUGAUAAUAUUUGCAAACGAGCCACAACGAAUGACUAAAAGAAACAAACAAUUUUUUCCAUAAUAUUUUAAAUUUAUUUUUUUUUUCAUUUUAUUAUGUUUAUUGUUUGUUGUGUGUUUUUUGUCUAAAGAAUGAAAAGAACAAGAAAAUAAUGAAAUAAAUGUGAUUUCCUACAUCCUUUAUUGUGCACAAAAUAAAAUACGUAAUAAAAGAAAGGACAUUGUAAAACAAACACUUUAUUUUUACGAUGAAAACAACAGCAACAACAAUAUUGAACAGAGUUUUUUUUAUGAAUUUUUAAAUGAGGACGUGGACAUAAAUCAACCGGACCGGAUAUUUAAGUUUGUUACAAUAUGAAAAAAGAAAAGAGAAAACUAUUGAAUUUAAAAUAAAAGAAGAGUAAAUUUUUAGGUUUAUUAAAAUAAUAUAUACAUAUAAAUAUUUAUGGUUAAAUAAAUAACAUUUUGGAAUUGA